AUGGCGGUGCUGUUGCUUCAUUUUAUCGUUUCAUUCUCUUCCAAAACAACUGAUAUCAGCACAGAUCGAUCGACUCUUCUUGCACUGAAAGCCCAUGUCGUUAGUGAUCCUCGAAAUUUUUUGACAACCAAUUGGUCUGUUGAUAUCUCGAUUUGUAAUUGGGUCGGUGUCACCUGUGAAUCUCGUAAUCAAAGAGUCAUAGCUCUCAAUCUUUUUAACAUGAGUCUCUCUGGCACCAUACCACCGGACAUGGGAAAUCUAUCUUUUCUUACUUGGCUCAAUAUCGGGUAUAACAAUUUUCAUGAUCUAUUACCAGUCCAGUUGACUAAUUUGUAUCGAUUGAAAUUUAUAAGCAUGUCUGAUAACAAUUUUCACGGAGAAAUCUCAUCAUGGGUUGGUUACUUCCCUGAACUUCAGUAUUUGUCUUUGAGCAAUAACAGUUUCACUGGUCCUAUCCCAUCUGAUAUGUGUGAUCGUCUACCCACAUUGAAAGAGCUUAAUUUGUCUGACAACAAGCUUUCUGGGAAAAUUCCUAUAGGUUUAUUCAAGUGCAAAGGGUUACAGAAUAUAUCUUUGGAUUUCAAUAGUCUGGAGGGGAUUCUUCCAGAAGAAAUAGGGAACUUGACGAUGCUUAGGACUUUAGAUCUCCGAGGCAACCAGAUCCAAGGUGUAAUCCCACAGCAAAUUAGUAAUCUAACAGGUCCGAGAGUUCUAUAUUUAUCCCAUAAUUUUUUUACAGGACAUAUUCCAGUUACCUUGGGCAAUCUAAGAGAUCUAGAAUUGCUGGACCUAUCGAAUAAUGAUUUAAGUGGAACACUUUCAUCCUCGGAAAGGAGCUUCCUGUCAUCAUUAGCUAAUUGUAGUAGGUUGACAGCCUUGGCAUUUGGAAGUAAUCCAUUAAUCAGUGGUUACCUUCCGCCUUCUAUAGCAAAUCUCUCGGUUUCUCUUCAAUAUUUCGAUGCUUCGAGUUGCAGCAUUAGUGGGAGCAUUCCAGGGGAAAUUGGUAACGGGAAUGUUGCUACAUAUCUGGAUUUUUCUGGAAAUCAUUUUUCAGGUGCAAUCUCAGACAGAGUUUGUAAUCGGAAUAAUGAUUUGAGAUAUCUUGCCGUUAAUGACAACCAAUUGGAAGGAAAAUUACCGUUGUAUUUAACUAAUUGCAGUGAACUGGUAUUUUUGAAUGUUGCAGACAACAAUCUAAGCGAUACCUUUCCUCAUUGGUUAGGUACUCUUCCACAGCUUCGAGUUCUUAUUUUGAGAUCUAAUAGAUUUUACGGUUCCAUUCAAAGUUACAUAGCCACAUCUUCUUUCUCCAAAUUGCAAAUUAUUGAUCUCUCUCAUAAUGAAUUCACUGGCCUAUUGCCAACCAAUUUCUUCCAAAAUCUCAAGGCUCUGAAAGAAGCUGAAUACGUAGACAAUGGUAAUUGGUUCUCCCUUGUUGUUAAUUUAACUAUUAAAGGCUUGGAGCUAGAGUUUACGCUAAAAGUACGUAUGCCCUUAUUAACAUGCAUAGAUUUGUCGAUGAAUGGAUUCCAUGGAGAAAUUCCUAAGGUAGUUGGAGAGCUUAGAUUGCUUCAAGCACUCAAUCUCUCUCAUAACAGCCUGACUGGUCCUAUCCCACCGUCAUUUGGGAAUUUGGCAGCACUUGAAUCAUUUGAUCUCUCAUUUAACAAGCUGAGUGGCAGAAUCCCUUCCCAAUUGACAAAUUUGACAUUUCUUCAAGUGUUAAGGUUUUGGAACAAUAAUCUUGUGGGGCCCAUUCCCCAUGGGAAGCAAUUUGAUACGUUUGAAAACGACUCUUAUCGAGGGAACUUGGAUUUGUGUGGCUUCCCAUUAUCAAAGGAAUGUAACAAUGAUGAAAUACCAGAACGAGCACAAGAUGAGGAAGAUAAUGGUAAUGAUAAUGGAAAUGGAAAUGGAAUAGCUUUUAUUUGGAAAGUUGCAAUGAUGGGGUAUGGAUCUGGGAUGGUAUUAGGAAUUAGCAUAGGAUACAUUGUAUUCACGACAGGAAGACCGCGGUGGCUUGUAAGAAAGAUUGAGAGAGAUUUGCAAAACAAAGUUUCAGGCUAG